CCCGGUCUGUCCCCGCCGGCCCUUCGGACACAGCGGGACCGCCGCACAGAGCGAACACCCGGGGGGGCACGUCGGGACCCGGCCCGGUGCCGGUGCCGAAGCAGCCGCGGAGCAGAACGAGCCCGGCGCAGCUCGGUCCCGUCCCGGUCAGCCCCGGCAGCCCCGGGCCGGCACAAACGGUUAACAGCGGCCGGGCUGCGGUGUGGCUCCUCCCGGUCCCUCCCCGCAGCCGGCCCCGGUCACGGCCCGGCCGCCCAGCCCCAGCCCCGACCUCCGCCACCGCCCAGCCCGGUUACACCGGCCGGGGGCACCGGCGUACCGGGAGCAGCAGAACCAGCCGGGGCACCGGGAGCACCGAGAGCACCGGAGUCCCGGAACACCGGGAAUAGCGGCGGCACCGGCGGUGCCGGGGGUCCCGGUCAUGAUCUGCGGCAGGAAGGCGCGCCCCGCCGCCGAGCAGCUCCGCGCCCCGUCUGAAGGCGCCGGUGGCUCCCGCCGGCCCGGGAGAGCCCUGAAGAAAAUGGGCCUGACGGAGGAUGAGGAUGUGCAGCGGAUGCUCCAGGGGUCCCUGCUGUGGAAGGUGAAGGCCAGGGGGGGCUCCAGGGCGCGGCUGUUCCGCCUGCAGGAGGACGGGGUCACCGUCUGCUUCGAGGGACGCUUCCGGGGCGCCCGCUCCCCCCAGAGCUGGACAGCGGCCACGGCUCCCGUCCCGCCUGGGAUUAGCGGGAUCAGCCCGGCAGCGGCUCCGAGCCCAGCGCGGUGCCGGGGGCGCCGCGGGGACGCGCGGGUGUCCAUCAGCAGCCAGGGUGUCUUGCAGGAUGCUGGCGGGUGGGUGACCCGCCGGGGGAGCACGUCCAUGGUCCCUCCCCACCCCGCGCGUGUCCCCGCAGUCUCGGUGGCGCACAUCGAGGCGGUGCGCGACGGUCGCCGGUCGGAGGGGCUGCGCAAGCACGGGGCCGCCUUCCCCGAGCGCCACUGCUUCACCCUCGCCUUCAAGGGCCGCCGCAAGAACCUCGACCUGGCCGCCCGCGGCGAGGAGGACGCGCGGCACUGGGUGCAGGGGCUCACCAAGCUGAUGGGGCGGCUGCAGGCCAUGAGCCAGAUGGAGAAGCUCGACCAUUGGAUCCAUGGGGUCCUGCAGCGAGCAGACAGGAACAAGGACAACAAGAUGUCCUUCCGGGAGGUGAAGAGCAUGCUGAGGAUGCUCAACAUCGACAUGGACGAUGUCUACGCCUCCAAGCUCUUCAAGGAGUGUGACCACUCGGGCAACGAGCGGCUGGAGGGCCGGGAGCUGGAGGAGUUCUGCCGGCGGCUGCUGCGGCGCCCGGAGCUGGAGGAGCUUUUCGGGCGCUACUCGGGCGAGGACCGGGUCCUGUCGGCCGAGGAGCUGCAGGACUUCCUGAGGGACCAGGGCGAGGACUGCAGCCUGCGCCAGGCCCGCUCCAUCAUCCGCACCUACGAGCUCAACGACAAGGCCAAGCAGCAGGACCUGAUGAUGCUGGACGGCUUCAUGAUGUACCUGCUGUCGGCUGCUGGUGACAUCCUCAACCAGGAGCACACCAAGGUGCACCAGGACAUGAGCCAGCCCCUGAGCCACUACUUCAUCUCCUCCUCCCACAACACCUACCUGACCCGCAACCAGAUCGGCGGCACCAGCAGCACCGAGGCCUACGUCAGGGCGCUGAGGGCAGGGUGCCGCUGCGUGGAGCUGGACUGCUGGGAGGGCUCGGACGGGGAGCCUGUGGUCUACCACGGGCACACACUCACCUCCAAAAUCCUCUUCCGCGACGUCAUCGAGAGCAUCCGCGACUCCACCUUCGAGAAAUCCCCCUACCCCGUCAUCCUGUCCCUGGAGAACCACUGCGGGCUGGAGCAGCAGGCCACCAUGGCCCGGCACAUGAAGGCCAUCCUGGGGGACAGGCUGCUGACACAGCCCCUGCAGGGGCAGGACCCCCACCAUCUCCCCUCACCAGAGCAGCUGAAGGAAAAGAUCCUGGUGAAGGGCAAGAAGCUGCCAGAGCUGUGGCAGGAGCCCCAGGGUGUCACCUCCCUUCUGGACCCCGAGGAGGAGGAAGAGGAAGAAGAGGAAGAAGAGGAGGAGAAGGGGCAGGAGAGAAGCCCCCGGCGGUCGCUGCAGUCGCUGCAGGAGAUCAAACCUCUGCAGGCCAAGGACGCUUCGCAGGUGUCCCCGGAGCUGUCGGCACUGGUGGUGUACUGCCAGGCUGUCCCCUUCCCCGGGCUGGCCCAGGCCCUGCGCCACCCCCAGCCCUGCCAGAUGUCCUCCUUCAGCGAGAGGAAGGCACGGAAGCUCAUCAAGGAGGCAGGCCCGGCGCUGGUCCGGUACAACGCCCGCCAGCUGAGCCGCGUGUACCCGCUGGGGCUCAAGAUGAACUCUGCCAACUACAACCCCCAGGAGAUGUGGAACGCUGGCUGCCAGCUGGUGGCGCUGAACUUCCAGACUCCGGGCUACGAGAUGGACCUGAACGCCGGGCGCUUCCUGCCCAACGGCCGCUGUGGCUACGUGCUGAAGCCCCUCUGCCUGCGCAGCCCCCCCGGGGAGGGCUCCCGGCGCCUGGCCCUGCACAUCAGGGUGAUCACGGCCCAGCAGCUGCCCAAGCUGAACAGGGACAAGGGCAGCUCCAUCGUGGAUCCCUUCGUGCGCGUGGAGAUCCACGGGACCCCGGCCGACUGCGCCAAGCAGCAAACCCACCACAAGCUCAACAACGGUUUCAACCCGCGCUGGGAGGAGACGCUGCGGUUCCAGGUGCGGGUGCCCGAGCUGGCCCUGGUGCGUUUCGUGGUGGAGGAUUACGACAGCACCUCCUGCAAUGAUUUCGUGGGGCAGUUCACGCUGCCCCUGCCCAGCAUGCGCCAAGGGUACCGCCACAUCCACCUGCUCUCCAAGGACGGGGCGUCCCUGUCCCCCGCCACGCUCUUCGUGCACGUUCGAUCCAAGAGCCUGUGAGGGUCCACAGGAGGGACAACCUGCAGUCCCCGAGGUGCCCAUGGGGGGACAUUGUGUCUGUGUGGGGGACAGCAGGCUCCUCUUUGGGUGGGCACCCUGCGUGGGGACAGCCUGAGGACACUGCUCAGCUGUCUGUGGUGACAGCAGGGCUGGGAGGACCUGAAGGGCUGGGGGCUCCCCUACCCACUGCCACCCACUCUGCUGGUGCCCCACUCCUGUCCUUGAGGGGACAGAGAUGCUGUGACAACCAGGAUGGGUUGAUUGGGCCAAGGACAGCCCAGCACAGCCCCACAGGGGUGACAUGGGUGACAGCAACCACCAAAUCUCACCAGUCUUGGCCAUGCUUGAUC